CCUUCCCCUCCCCCUCCUCUCCCCUCAGAGGGGAGGCUCCUAUCCUGCUAAAGAAGGGGAUUGUUUUAGGAGCCAGUCAUCCAAAAAAAAAGAGGCGAGAUCCCAUACACAGAGCAGAACCCAGAACAUGUUCACUGGGAACUUCCUCCAAACUUCCCUCUAACCCAAGGAGCUCCCCAAACCAAGGAGGGCAACAAACCCAAGGAGCUCCCCAAACCCUUUCAAUCUGCAGAACUCCUUGUAUCUAAAUGUAUCCAUAGAGGAUUGUUACAUUAAGGAUCCUGCUGCUUCCUCCUCCGGCGUCAGCGGCUGAGGUGGAGGGACGGGGAGCGCGGUGAAUGUGCUCAGUGUCCCAGACUGGAGUAUAUGGACUCAGAAUGAUACUACGGAUCACUGCGGUCACCGCCAUCUGCUGCUGCCUCCUGUCCGCAGUCUGCUGCCAGGACCCGUCUGUCCCAGUCCUGCAGUUCCUGGUCCAGCCCGUCUCUACAUUCCAGAAAUAUGGUGGAUCGGUCACUCUUAGCUGCGCGGUGGAACCGUCCAGUGCCGCCAUCUCUUGGAGGUUGAACGGAGAGGAGCUGGGAGGCGUCCCCGGGAUUUUGGUUUCUGGAGGAACCUUGGUGAUCACCGGCUUGAACAAUGAUACGGCGGGGAGAUAUCAGUGCAUCGCCCGCAGCGCGGCUGGAGCCAUGGCCAGCGUUCCGGCAAUUGUCACCCUAGCCAAUUUGCAGGAUUUUAAGUUUGACACUCAGCACGUCAUCGAGGUGGAUGAGGGGAACACGGCCGUCAUCGCCUGUAACCUACCCGAGAGCCACCCCAAGGCCCAAGUGCGAUACAGCGUCAAGCAGGAAUGGCUGGAGACCUCCAGAGAUAACUACCUCAUCAUGCCCUCCGGGAACCUGCAAAUAGUGAACGCUACGCAGGAAGAUGAGGGAACGUAUAAGUGUGCCGCCUACAACCCCGUGACUCAGGAGGUGAAGACGUCGGCUUCCAGUGAUCGGCUUCGCGUUCGCCGCUCCACGGCAGAGGCCGCCCGUAUCAUUUACCCACCGGUGGCACAAACCAUCAUUGUCACCAAAGGACAAAGCCUCAUCCUGGAGUGCGUGGCCGGUGGCAUGCCUCCUCCCAAAGUCUCUUGGUCGAAAGAUGGGGCCAAUGUCAGUGACCACAACAAGACACGAUUCUUGCUCACUAACCUCCUUAUAGAGGCCACGAGUGAGGAGGAUUCUGGGACAUACACCUGUACGGCCACCAAUGGAGCCGGGGAUGGAGGAUCAGCCUUCAUCUUCUAUAAUGUGCAAGUUUUCGAACCACCGGAAGUCAACAUGGAGAGCACCCAGCAGGUCGUCACUUGGGGUCAAAGUGCGAAGUUCACUUGCAACGUUAGGGGCAAUCCUCAACCUUCUGUGGUGUGGUUACGAAACGCGGUGCCCCUUCUACCCAGCUCCAGACACCGGAUCUCCAGGAGGAUACUUCGGGUGAACACUGUGGGUCCCGAGGAUGAUGGCAUCUACCAAUGUGUAGCCGAGAAUGAAGUUGGGAGUGCGCAGGCGUUAACCUUCCUAAUGACCGUAAGAACAGGGGCUUUUCCAAACCUGGCAGAGGAGAGAGACGUUCCUUCCCCAACAGCGCCCCCAAUCCCAGAUGACAAGCAGUUGCUCUUAAAGGCUCAGCUGAAACCAAGACCCCCCACCCCAGGAUUACCUGCCCCAUGUCCACCCGACAAGGCCGGUGUCCUCCAGCCUGAGGCUCCCAUAAUCCUCAGCUCUCCCAGGACCUCAAAGACCGAUUACUAUGAACUAACCUGGAAACCAAGACACAGCGGCGGAGCCCCGAUCCUCUUCUAUACAGUCAAACACCGCAAGCAGGUGGUGAACACAACAGAUGACUGGAUGGUGUCACGUGUUCCGGGAACACAGCAUCGGUUAAUACUCACCAAACUGGACCCCGGCAGCUUGUAUGAAGUGGAGAUGGCCGCAUAUAACUGUGUUGGGGAAGGACAGACGGCCAUGAUGACCUUCCGGACAGGACGACGUCCAAAACCAGAAAUCAUCGCCAGUAAGGAGGUCCAAAUCCAGAAGGACGACCCCGGGACGAGCACCGUGAGCACCAUCCAGUCCGACAACAACCGGCUAUCCCCUCCGGAAGCUCCGGACCGACCCACCAUCUCCACGGCUUCAGAGACGUCGGUGUUUGUGACGUGGAUCCCAAGGGGUAAUGGCGGAUUCCCUAUCCAGUCUUUCCGUGUAGAGUACAAAAAGCUGAAGCAGCCUGGAGACUGGAUUCUGGCCACCAGCGACAUCCCACCGUCCCGACUGUCCGUGGAGAUAACGGAGCUCGAGAAAGGAACCUCCUACAGAUUCCGGGUGAGAGCCCUGAACAUCUUAGGAGAAAGUCAACCCAGCGCCGCCUCCAGACCUUACAUGGUGUCGGGAUACAGCAACCGCAACUAUGAGCGUCCGGUCGCAGGACCCUAUAUCACCUUCACCGAAGCCCUCAACGAGACCACCAUUAUGCUGAAAUGGAUGUACACCCCAGCGAGUAACAACAACACUCCCAUCCACGGCUUCUACAUCUACUACCGGCCCACGGACAGCGACAACGACAGCGAUUACAAGAAAGACAUGGUGGAAGGUGACCGGUACUGGCACUCCAUCACCGAUCUUCAGCCCGAGACCUCCUACGAUAUUAAGAUGCAAUGUUAUAACAAGGGUGGGGAGAGCGAGUUCAGUAACGUCAUGAUCUGCGAAACCAAAGCUCGAAAGUCUUCUCAGUCAGAUCGCCGACCCCUGCCCAUUGUGCCAUCACCGAAACCACCGCCUAACAGAAACGGGGCUCCGGGCACGGCCACAGUUGCCAGAUCCAGUGACCUGCCGUACCUGAUAGUCGGCGUGGUUCUGGGAUCCAUCGUUCUCCUGAUAGUUGCUUUUACCCCUAUCUGCCUAUGGAGGGCGCUGUCCAAGCAGAAGCAAACAACAGACGUGACAUUUCCCAGUACAGGAAUCCUCAACCCCUCCUCCUGUCAGUACACCAUGGUGCCACUCCGCGGGGCCCCGGCCAUCAGCACCAUUCCUUACUCUAAUGGGUCUGUGGUCAAUGGCAACUGCCCGUCUGCUAAAGUGUUAUAUCCCGGAGAGAAGGAAAGAGAAUACUGCUCCGAGACCCUGCACAAGGAUGAGGCCAGUACAUUGCUGGAGAAUGACAGCCGAGCCCUGGAGCACACGGACCGCCACCCCGAAGAGUUGUAUGAACGGCAGAGCAGCGAGGUGACCAUACUGUGCGACCUGUGUGACCAGGAGGAUCUCCAGAGAUCUCAUUCCUAUAUGGACAUCUCCCCCUCCGAAGAACCGGCAGCACCGCCAAUACCGGACCCCAACCAGACCUUCCCCAUCCUGGCUGUGCCCAGCGAACACUUGAUAUGCCAAGAUUGCGCCUUCUUCCUGCCCCCGGUGGAGACGACAGAGAGUCUGGUGAUGCCGAAUUCGCUCUCGGACCCCCAAAUCCAUCGUUCCCCCAUACAGACUAAGGAUACGGAGAGUUGUCCCUGCCCUGACACAUCCCAGGGACCGACCACCUAAUGGGCCGAGGACUGAAUAAUGGACUAUAUAUGGGAUGACGGAGCCGAAAUACAUAAUUCUACUGAGAUUCCCAACACCAUGUUAACUUGGAGCCCCCAAUGAUCUUCUUCUAGCCAGUAGGGGGCAUCAGUUCCAUCAUGUGGUUUUCAGUCUCUACGGAAGUGUUUCUCAACAGCUGGAGGCACACUGGUGGGGAAACGCUGGAAUUAGAUGUGUAUAGGAAGCUGAACACUUUGAUUUUAUAGCAUUCAGCUUCCCUGAUCAUACAUUGUGUAUUAUAGUGUUUUCCAACCAGACUGCCUCCAGCUGUUGCAAAACUACAACUCCCAGCGAGUUGUAGUUUUGCAACAGCUGGAGGCACACUCAUUUGGAAGCACUGCUCUAGAGCCCUUUUACCAUGUCUUUGAGCUCAGCUCCUAUGAUGCUUCACUUUUUUUUGCAACAGCUGGAGGCACACUGGUUGGGAAACACUGGUAUUAGAUGUGUGUAGGAAGCUGAACACUAAGCAUUCAGCUUCCCUGAUCAUAUAUUGUGUUUUAUAGCAUUUUCCAACCAGUCUGUCUCCAGCUAUAUGGUACCCAGCAUGGCCGCCCCCCCUCAGUAACAUUAUGUCUCACAGCUCGGUCACCCCCUCCCUCUCCCCAAAUAAGAAGAGAAAUAAAUGGAGUCUAUUUUUAUACUAUAGAUAUUUAUAUAUUUAUGCUCUUUGUAUAUAGAUUUAUUUUCUUUAUAAGGAAAGAUUUUGUAUGGUCAUAAUCCCACGACCGCCGUAUCCCACAAUUCCACAGGACAGUAGAUUGGAGUCGACAUUCCCCCCAAAUCUAAUAAACGUAUAGCUUUGCGCUAGCAUGUACACCCCCUGGUGAGGUGCGAGGCACAGUGUGCGCCGCUAAGGAUAAAACCCACGGCUGCAGGAUCACAGUGUGCGCCUCCGCCAUAUGUAUACCUUGCCUUUGAUGCAAUAUGAGACAUCUUACUGCUUUCAGUAUCGUUGUAAGAAAUCCCAUGUGAAAAUAAAUAUGUAUU